GAGCUUUACCAGCGCGAUUGAGCCAAGGCAAACCACUCGCCUUCUUCCUUUCUUCGUGACCCAGAACAGCGCAAUCAUGUCUCGUGACCUUCUGCACCCGUCCGCCGCCGAGGAGGCCUCCAAGCACAAGCUUCGCCGUCUCGUACAGGCCCCCAACUCGUACUUCAUGGACGUCAAGUGCCCUGGUUGCUUCAACAUCACGACGGUGUUCAGCCACGCCCAGACGGUCGUGCUGUGCGGCUCGUGCUCCGUGAUGCUGUGCCAGCCUACGGGCGGUAAGGCUCGCCUCACUGACGGCUGCCAGUACCGCAAGAAGACGGAGUAAGUUUAUUCGUGGACACACUCAGGCGUUGGCUAUCGAUCCGAAAAUGGCUCGAUAGUCGCAACUAGAUAUUCGACGACGCAGGAACGGAGAAGGAACCAAGCAAGAAAGCAAGUUGGCCACGCCCGCGAUUUUUUUCAGCUCGCACGCUCACUCGCUUUUGACUCGCUCGGGAUCUCGAUGUGUCUUGUGAGGAGAGGAAGCCAGUAGGUCGGCUGGAUCGGGUUGGUACGCUGCGUCUUGUACAGGGUAGCUGCUAACGUGAAUCGAGGGACGUAAGAGUUGAUUAUUUUGCGGGCUUUCUUUC